CACUCGCGGGCCGCCAGCGGGGCCGCCACGCAGCGCGGAGCCACGCCGGGACACGGGGCAGGUGAGGACAAUGGCCAGCCCAGAGGACGACCUCAUCGGCAUCCCCUUCCCUGAGCACAGCAGCGAGCUGCUGAGCUGCCUGAACGAGCAGCGGCAGCUGGGGCUGCUCUGCGAUGUCACCAUCAAGACGCAGGGGCUGGAGUACCGCACCCACCGUGCCGUCCUGGCUGCCUCCAGCCGCUAUUUCAAGAAGCUCUUCGCAGGGCCGGGGCCGGGCCAGGAGGUCUGCGAGCUGGACUUCGUGGGUCCUGAGGCUCUGGGCGCGCUGCUGGAGUUCGCUUACACGGCCACGCUGACCAUCAGCAGCGCCAACAUGGGCGAGGUGCUGCGCGCUGCCCGGCUGCUGGAGAUCCCCUGUGUCAUCGCUGCCUGCGUGGAGAUCCUGCAGGGCAGCGGGCUGGAGGCACCCGGCCCCGAUGACGGCGACUGCGAACGCGCCCGCCGCUACCUGGAGGCUUUUUCCACCCUCCCCGAGGGUGAGGUGCCUGCCCCGCCGCCCCCCCCGCCCCACCCGCGCCGCAGCAAGAAGACCCGCAAGUUCCUGCAGGCCCGCGGUGCCCAGCUCAACAACCACGCCGCCGAGGAGCCGCCCGCCGCUGAGGCCGAAGGCUCCGGCAGCCCCCAGCCGCCCUCCCAGCUGCCCUCACCCCCUCUGCCCGAGGGGCUCUCCCUGCCCUACGACAGUUUCGAGCUGCCUGAGGAAGAGGAGCUGCCCCCACACUCCUUCCCCUUCCCCUACCAGCCCCCCUUGUCCCCUGAGGAGGCACCUUCUGACGAGGACGCCAUCGACCCCGACCUGAUGGCGUAUCUGAGCUCGCUGCACCACGAGUCGCUGGCGCCCGGGCUGGACAGCCCCGACAAGCUGGUGAGGAAGAGGCGCUCACAGAUGCCCCAGGAGUGCCCCGUGUGCCACAAGGUCAUCCACGGUGCUGGCAAGCUGCCUCGCCACAUGCGCACGCACACGGGCGAGAAACCCUUUGCCUGCCAGGUCUGCGGGGUCCGGUUCACACGGAACGACAAACUGAAGAUCCACAUGCGCAAGCACACAGGUGAGCGGCCCUACUCCUGCCAGCACUGCAGCGCCCGCUUCCUGCACAGCUACGACCUGAAGAACCACAUGCACCUGCACACAGGCGCCCGGCCCUACGAGUGCUACCUCUGCCACAAGGCCUUCGCCAAGGACGACCACCUCCAGCGGCACCUGAAGGGCCAGAACUGCCUGGAGGUGCGGACGCGCCGCCGCCGCCGCGACGAACCAACGCCGCCGCCCACCGGGCCCCCGGGCCUCGACCUCUCCAACGGGCGCCUGGAGGGGCUGCGCCUCUCCAUUGCCCGCUACUGGGCUCCAGGGCAGCCCGAGGAGGAGGAAGAGGAGCAGGAGGGUGAGGAAGGGCCGCAGCCGGACGGCACCGUGCCGGUGGAGACGGCGUAGGGGUGAUGCGAUGGGCAGGUGUCGUGGCGUUCCAUGCCGAGCUGUGCCGUGCCCACUGGGGUUUCUGUUCCUGUUUUUCCCGUCACGGUUCAUUCCUAGUUAUGCAAAGGGGGAAAAUCCCCUCGGCCGAUUUGCACAAGGGGGUGGGGGGCCCCUAUCACCCCCCCCACCACCGUGCCCGGGCCCACCUGGUCAUGCCCAGGGUGGGUGAUGGGGGGAUCGGGACUUGGAUGUCCCCCCACCAAACCCCUCGUGGAUGCCAGGACCGGGCAGGGGCACCCAUGGACCAAGGCCCCCCCCCCAGGUGGGGAGAGCCCCCCCCAUCCUCUCCAGUGGAGGGGGGCACUGCCCUACGCUGUGCAUAGCUUGUCCCCACCUCCCCACUCCGAGCAGCCCCCCCCCCGGCGAGCCCCCCUCGCCCCUGCACUCCCGGCUGCUUUCUCUUGGUUGCACUAUUCGGGUGAGCCCACCCGGGUGCGGGGCAGCCCCGGCCCCCCCCGGACCUUUUUCCCCUUCUGAAAUCCCCCUGGCCCUGUGGGACCCCUCCCUUUCCCUGGGGUGGCCGGGCCCCCACGGUCACCCCUCUGUCCUUUGCACAUGCCCCCCGCAGGGCGCAGCCUCCCCGGGGGUGGAGGGGACCGGCACUAUUUGUCUACAAAUAAGAGUUUUAUCUAUAUUUAAAAAGAUGAUGUAAUAUAUUCCCCCCCACAGCCCCUCCGCUGCCAACCACCAGCGCUGCCCGGCCCCCACGUGUGCCAUGGGGUGCCGGCAGGAGCGAUGGGGCCGGGGGGGGGGCUCUGCUCCCGUCAUGGCUUUAAAGUGCCUUAUGGUGAACUUGAACCUUUUUCGGCUACUUGAACCUCUCUGGUGUCAGG